UGGAGCCGCCGUGUUUGUUAUUUUGUAGUUUCAUACAGUAUAGGCGACAUUUAUAAACCCUCGGUUACACUUUUUUAAAUAGAUUCAAUCUUGCACGUGGAAAGUUUAAGUGAGGGCUUUAGUUGUGGACUUCAUUUAUAAGUAAAGCAUUGUAGUGAGAGCUAACAAGAAGAAGAAGAAUGAGAAGGAGAAGAAGGAGGAGAAGAAGGAGAAGAAGAAGAAGAAGAAGAGGGAAAAGGAGAAGAAGAAGAAGAAGAAGAAGAAAGAGAAGAAGAAACAAAAAAAAGAAGAAGAGAGAGAAGAAGAAGAAGAAAGAGAAGAAGAAGAAGAAUGAAAGGAGAAGGACAUGGAAAGGAAGAAGGAACAUGAGGAGACGAGAAGGAGAAGAAGAAGAACAAAAAGAAAGAGAAGAAAAAGGAGGAUGAGAAGAAGAAAGAGAAGAUGAAGAAGGAGAAGAGAAGAAGGAGAGAGAAAAAGGAGAAGAAGAAAAAGAAAAAGGACAAGAAGAAGGAGGAGAAGAAGAAAGAGAAGAAGAAGAAGAGGAAGGAAGGAAAAGGAGAAGAAGAAGAAGAAGAAGGAAGAGAAGCUGAAGAAGGAGGAGGAGGAGGAGAAGAAACAGAAGAAGAGAAAAAGAAGGGGGAGAAGAAGAAGAAGAAGAAGAAGAAGAAGAGAAAAAGAAGAAGAAGAAGAGAAAAAGAAGAAGAGGGAAGAGAAAAAGAAGAAGGAGAAGAAGAAGAAGAAGAAGAAGGUGAAGAAGGUGAAGAAGAAAAAGAGAAGAUGAAGGAGAAGAAGAAAGAGAACAAGGAGAAGGAGAAGACACAGAAGGAGAAAAAGAAGAAGUAAGAGAAGAAGAAGGAGAAGAAGGAGAGAAAAAAGGAGAAGAAGAAAAAGAAAAAUGACAAGAAGAAGGAGGAGAAGAAGAAAGAGAAGAAGGAGAAGAAGGAGGAGGAGAAGAAGAAGAAGCAGAAGAAGAAGAAGCAGAAGAAGAAGAAGAAGAAGAAGGUGAAGAAGAAAAAGAGAAGAUGAAGGAGAAGAAGAAAUAGAAGAAGGAGAAGAAGAAAAAGAAGAAGGAGAAGAAGAAAGAGAAGAAAGAGAAGAAGAAGGAAAGGAGAAGGACAUGGAAAAGAAGAAGGAAAAUGAGAAGAGGAGAAAAGAAGAAUGAAAAGAAGAACAAAAAGAAAGAGAAGAAACAGGAGGAUGAGAAGAAGAAAGAGAAGAAGAAGAAGAAGA